UAUGCAUGCAACUCUCCAAAUCUCUCCAAACCAAACCAAUAUGUCCAUGGACAGAAUCUUCAACUCUCUCUCCGGCGAGGAACUCUGGGUAGAACAGAUCUCGGAGAUCUCAGAGAAGGAGCUCGAAUUCGACAUCGGCAUCCCGGUCUGCGUUUUCCGGGUGCCCAAAUCACUGAGCGCCUUCAAGCCGGCCGCCUACAGCCCCCAGCUGGUGGCGCUGGGGCCCUACCACCAUCUCCGCCCGGACCUCUACGAGAUGGAGCGCAGCAAGAUCGCCGCCGCCAAGAGGUUCCUCAAAACCCACCGGAAAACCCUGAAAUUCAAGGACAUCGUGGCCAGGCUCCACGAGCAAGAGCCCGCCAUUAGGGCCAGCUACCACAAGUACAUUGAGCUCAACGGCAACACCUUGGCCUGGAUCAUCGCCAUUGAUGGGCUGUUACUGCUCCACAUCUUUUAUCAGUGGGCUAAUGAUUUGGUUGCAGGGUUCGAUGUCCUCUACUCGGCUGAUUUUGCCAGCCGGAAGCUAACGCGAGACGCCAUUUACAGAGAUAUAGUGAUGCUGGAGAACCAGAUUCCGACGGUCCUGCUCAGGGAGAUUGCAAAAAUAGUGUUCUCAUACUCUGAAAAUGAUUACAACGAUGUCAGGAAUUUGUUGAUCAACAGCAUGGUUUGCUUCUGUGAAGCCCUGUCUCCACUCGCAAUCUCAAAAACGACUUUUGAUAAGGAUUACCAGUUCGCUCAUUUGCUAGAUUUGAUGUACUUUUUACUCGUGAGCGAAUCGUUGAACCGGAGCUCCGAGCCCAGCAAGCAUGGCCGACAGGUGGAGAUCGUUGUUGAUAUUGGAGAAGAAAACAGACAUGCUGCUAUAGGGUUUGGUGGUAAAAAGAUUGACAGUAUUCUCAAGACAGUGACAGAUAAGAGUAGAGAGAGGAUCUUGGAAAAACUAGGGUUCUAUAAAGGGAGCGAACCCAAUGAAGUUCGAGAAGAAAACAAGGUUUCCUCAGUGGAGGAAAUCACAAUCCCCUCGGUGGUGGAGCUCUGCAAUGCCGGAGUAAAGUUCGAAACGACUCCUGGGGGGAUCGAGAGCGUCAAGUUUGAUUCCAAGAAGGGGACUUUUGGCUUGCCCGUCAUUACUCUGAACGUCAAUUCAGAAGUAGUCUUGAGAAACCUGGUGGCUUAUGAAGCAUCAAGAGCCGAAUCAAUGUCACAUUUGGUUGUAGGUUUGUACACCGAUCUGAUGAAUGGGAUCAUCGACACCGCAGACGACGUGAGGUUGCUUAGGGAAAAAGGUAUUAUCAGGGGGCGGCUGAGAGACCGCGAAGUGGCGGAUCUCUUCAAUGGGAUGUCUCGGUCGAUCGGGAAACCGGACCACCGAUCGGUGAUAGAGAGGACGGUUGAAGAAGUGAACCGAUUCUACAACAGUAGGCCGAAGGUGAAGGUGAACAAUUUCUUGAAGAAGUAUGUUUAUGCCUUCUGGAAGGUUCUCACAUUUCUUUCUACGCUUUUGGUGAUUACUUUGCUCUCGUUGGAGUCAUUUUGCAACGAAUAUGGCUGCUCUCGACUCGUUGGAAAGGGUAGCAACAAAUGAUCUUAUUAGUAUAUACGUACUUAGUUUCAUUCAUUAAUUCAUUCAUUUAUUCAUGAUAUAUAGUGUAAAUACUAUAUAUCAUGUUGUUCUCUGUCAGUACUGUCAUGUUGUUCCAAAAGUGUUCAUACGUUAAUACAUUAAGUUUUUAUUCUCAAGUAA